AUGUAUGCUGAAUGUCAACUUGAAAGUAUUCAACAUAUUCAUGCUUUACGUACUGAAUUAGAAAAUUCUUUAAUUUCUGAUGAUUCUCCUAUUGAUUCUGAACGGCGACAGCCACAACAACUUCGUCAAUUAAGAACUGUAUUUCGGUCUGAUGAGGCUGUACAUAUUCAAUUUUCGGGUCCAAUAAUUGAGGAGGAGCAACAACAGACCUCUCAUCAUCACCAACAAAAUAUUCGCCCACCAUCUUCUUCAAGAUUUACUGUUUCUCCAACCCCACCAAAUGCUUUGCCUUCAUUUGCUUCAAGUAUUGAAAAUAGAAAACAAGCAUUGCAUGUAUUAAUUGCUAAACCAAUAUUUGAAGGAGAAGGCAAAAAAGAAGUUGUGGACGUAAAGAACAAAAAAAUUCCAACUCCAAAUUCAAUUGUUGUUCCACCACCCCCGCAAACAUCACAACAAUCAUCAACAUCAGCAUCGUCACCAGCAUCUUCAAUUGACUCGGGCGUAGCUUCUCCAGGUUCUUGUGCUGAUGAAUUUUUACUUUUUGGUGGUGGGACUAAUGGCCCAUUUUGCCAACUCAAUCGACAACAUAGAAAUUCUUUACCAAAUCCUUUGGGUCCUUUUGAAUCCCAAACACUUCCCAAGGCUAGAGGAGGACGUGUUUUUAAUUUUACUACAACGACAACAACAAAUAAAUGUGAUGGUGGAGGAUUUUCUUCUUUAAUUGAGGCUUUGUCUUUACUGCCAGGUGCUCAUAUAAAUGAAGAAGGAGAGUGUAAAACAAAUAGAGGAAAGGGAGGAGAUGUCAACAACAAACCUUUUGAGUUGCAAAAUCCUCCGAUUGGAAAGGUUUUUAUUUUAUUUUUUUAUUUAUUAGAUAUUUAGACAGAAUUUUUGGGAGAUUUUUAUUUUUUAGAUUUUUUUUUGAAAAUUUUUUAGGGUUUUUCGGAAAAAAUUUUAGCAAAGGAAAUUUUAGGUGACGUGAUUUUUGUUUUUGUAAAUAAAAAAUAAAUUUAUUUACAAAAAUUUUGUAAAUAAAAAAUUAAGUGGGGGAGAGAGGAUUAGCUUAUUAAGAAGGUAUUUUCCCUCUUUAGCUAUUGCACAUGGAGAUAAAAAAAUUCCUUUUAAGUAGUUAUUUAACAAAUUGAGAGAGGGGAUUUUUAAAUAAUUUAUACUCCAUUUUUAGCCUCAUAAUAAAUAAAAUUCCUUUUAUGGAAUUUAUUAUUUUUGUUUUUCUAAAAGUAAUGUGCGCGUGUGUAUUUAAAAGCUUUAUAA